AGCAUUUGCCUGGAGCGAUUUAGAGAAAUCACGGAAAACCUAAAUCAGGAUGGCAGGACACAAGAUUAAACUGUCGUCCUCCCGAAUGAUGCCGCAGUUCUUCCAUCUGAUACAUACUGUUUGUCAAUGCAGCUUCCUGUCAUUACGUGACACGUUUUGCAUUUACAGGUCCCUAAUCUGUCACUCUAGCUCUUCUAGUAAACGUGAAAGUAGUUCUUUCAUCCAGUCUUGUCCAGCACCAUAACUUUAAUUCUUCUCACUGUGCACAGUGAUUGAAUUUGAUGUUUCCUUCUGUGAUUUCAGUGCCACCAUUUAUAGGUAUUGCCCUUGGCGUGUCCUACAAGUACAUAUACUUCGCUGUAUAAUGAGCAAUAAUUAUUUAUUUUCUUGAUAACACAAAAACUGCCACUUAACGUUGGACAAACAGAGAAAUGUCAAAAAUAUUAAAGCAAAGAAUAAACAUGGAAACACAAUUCAGCUGGUCGGCCAAAGAAUAAUUAAGUCUCUUCACUCACUGACCAUAGUUGGCACUUCUCACAAUGCAACAGAUUUUUGUACAGUUUUUAAGUACAUUAUUUUGUUCAUUUUUUGUGGGUGGCACAGGGUUCUUUAGCUGUUACUGUGCUCUAAACCUCUAAAUUUUAGGGCAAUCAAAGGCAGUAAAUUUGUAUUGUCAUGGACCAACUUAAAUAGAAUUUGUAUGUUGUGUUUAUGUAGGAGAACGAUUAUUAUAUUUACUCUGCUGAUAGUGCACCAUUUCCUGUUUUACUAUAUGAAUUUCUACAGUCUUCAGUUAUUGGUAAUAAUUUAUAUGAGAACAGUUCUUAGCAGACACUUAUGUGGUGGCUUGUGAAUGGUUUCUUACAUAAAUAUUAAUUUAUUUUGCUGUGUAUUCCCCUGCUAAUGUUGUUAAGCUACACACUUCAACAGACUCAUUGAUAUUCCUACCACCUUAGUGGAAUUUCAACUACAUUGUUUGUAGGAUUUUAGUUUCUGUAUUAAUGUAUGCCAUGUUUUGGGUUUUGGAUUUCUGCCUUUCUCACAUACAGUGAGUCCAGGGUGGUUUUGAACAUUUUAUUCAAUUGUAUGAGUUUUCACAUUACUGAGAGGGUGAUACCACUGACAUAAAAUCACAAUGCAGCCCACAAGUUUCCCCUGACCUAGGUUCAGGUGACUUUUCCAUAACCCUUCCCACCUCUUAAACCCCACCAAUCCUCUACCUUCAUCCCUCUUCCUUUCCUUCAACCCUUCCAGCUGAAGGAACCCUGGCUCAAAACACGGGUGCAUUUCCACAACAUUCGUGCAUUCCCUCCUGUGACCACUUGGUGGGUAGAUAUUUUAGCAACUGCACACAAUUGUGCUCGAAGGUGAAUAAAGCAUUUGUAUUUGUAUCUAUCCAGCUUAUGUUACGGAAUUCUUGGACUGGUAUUAGGUAUUCCUCUAAGGCUAAUUAAGUCUUGGCUGAAUUAAGAUGUGUGUCUGUAACAUAUUAAUAGAUAUAAUAGAUUUUGCGAGUCUUGACUACACCCUUGCAAGGAAACUGUGUACAGAUGAAUGAAUGAAUGAAUUAAUUAAAUAGAUGGGUAGGCACCUAAAUAAAUUUAUAAAUUAAAUUUCUACAAUUUAAAUGUCAUAUUAAUUUAUACCUUGACUUGUUACAUAUACCUGAUUUGUCUCGUCCUUGAUCAGAUCUACAGAUUACAAUGAUUGAAAAAUGAAUGAAUUAAUUAAUUUUCUUGUACAUGGCAUCUGCAAUCUGUUUAAUUAUCUACAAUAUGCAGUGUUCUUACUGGUCACUUUUACAGAAUACAUGUAUGUUAUUAAUGUAGGGCACAUUAUCCAAGAACACUAUCACCGAAACAGUAACGAGAAAGUAUAUAAAAUACACUAGUGUUUUUGCCGCAAGAUGAAUAUGAUGCUGUGGAGGAAGCUCCAGAUGCAAAACAGGACAGACUUAUCUUCAUGGUCUGCUACACUACCAUUUCAGUUUGUUAUUCAUUCGGACAACAAGGAAUUUACAGACUGUUUCAAUUAAUUAGUAACUUUUUAUACCCAUAAAUGGGACCAACAAAAACUGUGAGGUGGUUCAGCAGGGGUUUAUUUCAUGACUUGAGUAAUUCUUUUUUGUGAAAGAAUUACAUGCCCAUUCAGAAGCAGUCUUUGCCAUGUCUGGUGUGCUUUUCAGGGUUUUGAUUGUGUUUUUGAAACACAUAUUUAAAUUUUUAAUAGCAUAUUUCUCUGUGUAAGCACUGUUGGAGAUUUCAGUGUUCAAUUCACACAUCUCGUACACUUAAUUGCAAUUUGUGGCACCUGCCAAUCUCUAUGUGAUGAGGUGAAAACACAUUGCAUUUGUUAACUACAAUCCUUCCUCAAGCUAAAGUGUGGGACUAUUUUUCAAAGCAUGCAAACUAUAUUAGAUGUCUUGAGAGUCAUAGUGCUGAAUUUUCUCCAUAACAAAAAUAAACAAGUAAUAGGGCUAGGUGAACCUUGCACCCAUACUCACUUCACUUCUUGGUUGAAUCAAAGGCUCUCUUUCAAUUACAAUCUUUUCUCUAAUCUUAGAACCUGAUAUGAUACUGGGAAGUGAUUUCAUAAUGUGGCUUGUGUGGCCAACGCUGUUAUUUACUAGGAUUGUACUCACCAAGAGUAAUAGCAGUAACUUAUUACCAAACAGGUAUCGAAAAUACUAACUUCUCAAAGUAAUAACAAUCAGAAACAUUAGCGCAAAUGAAAAAUUCCUGGUAUAAGAAACUGAAAUGACGUGCACAAGAUACCAAUGAAUAUAGUUUUGCCUAUUGCUAUCAGGCUAUUUUUUAAUAAUGUUUUCCCUUACUGGUACUACAAAGCUAGUACACUAUAUGUAUGUUCCUAACCAUGGUUGAAAAAAAAAAGGGCUAAGAACAAAUUGCCAGAAAAAUAUGAUGCUUCAUCGUUGGCCGACUAGUAAUGGCAAGAAGGUAAAUAUAUUUCUCCCAUCUAAACUUCCAAGAUGAUGAUAAUCACUAUUACGAAAUUCACAAAAAUGUUCCAGGUAUUAAAAAAAAAAAAAAAACAUAGCUUUUACGGGUCUGCGUUGCCAUCUCGCUUUUUCUUUCCGUUAGUAGGUUAAAUAAACAAUGUAAAACAUCCUCCCAGUUCUGUUCCCACAUCCCUUGAUAUUUCCCUUAUUCUUUCUUACCUCACAUUCGAAAAAAGUUGUAGCUACAUCCAGAUAACAACAAAUGCACUGAUUACUUCAUGUUUGUACAAACCGCCUCUUUGGAAAUGCGGAAUAUGCUUUCCCAGUGUUCAAUGGGGCUGAAAAUGUCGCGUUCAUUCGAUGGAGAUUAUUGACGACACAACAUCCGUUCGUUCAAAUGUGGCAAAAUGUUCUGCUUGCAUAGUUUUGCAUGUGGCUGAUAAAAUUUUAUUCGCUAAAUAAGGAUUAACGUUUUCUUUUUUCUGCAAGUAGUUUAAGUGGAAUAAACCACUAAAGCGCCUUGUGUAGUUCCUGUGCCCCGUCAAUCUAAAGGUUGAUCGGGUGUUGAAUCGAGCAAUUUAUUUAAUCCACAUUCACUAACAUCUUAUACAGUUCCCAUUUGCAAAUGAAGUGGCUCGGUGGAGACAGUGGUAACGGAAUGCUGAACCAUACCAAUGGGCAUGCUUCGUCUCCGCAUGUAAUAAGACAACAGGCUCCAGAGACUGGUAGACCACAGUUGGCAAGAUCCCAGGAUGAUGCAAUGGUCGGUUACAUGUUCCAGCGACCACAUUCAGAUCCAGAUUUUCCCUUACCGCCACCUUUCACAAAACAGCAUCCUCGCUGGGCACUGGGAGAUGAAAGUAUUGACCCGGCUGCAGAACAUAUGGUUUUUGUAAAUAACCACAUGGCAACACAACGGCUUGCAGCAGCUGUUGCAGCCUCUUCACACAUGCAAACUACAGUACAUCAUCUCCAGCAGCAGCAUCCACAAGUUGGCAAUGGGCAGAUAGCGCCUUCGGCUAAAAAACUAUGGGGAGUAGAAGAACAAAAGGACGACAGUAAAGGCAUUCUGACGCUAAACGACCAUCAAAUGUGGCGCGACCCUACAUGGAGUACUUCGGAUCAUGCAGUUUCCCAACCCAUCACUAUGGUACCUAGGAGAUCAGGAAGCUUUCCUGGUAGUGAAGCAGCAAAUAUUCUCUCCCCCCGCUCCUCAGAAACUGGUGGUUUAGGAGUCAAAAUGGUAGAAUACGUCCUCGGUUCUUCACCAACUGGCAAAGACCUUGAACCUCGUAUGAGAGGGCUUGUGCUGAAUCCAAAUGACAGUGAAAAGAAAGAAAAAGAUAAAGCCCCGUCUCCAUUUGAAGCAGGCAAGAAGGACGUUGAAAAUGGGAACAACCCACAGCCUAAUGGAAUCGUACAGAAUGGACUUGGAGACGAUGACAAAGGAUUUAAGUACAACAAGGACCAGUACUCAUUAGCAAGCCGGACACCAGGCAGUAGGCAACCGUCACCAGCAGAAGAGGACAUUAACAAAAAUAGUGGUAGUGGAGGAGGUGGGAAACCUCCCUCAGAAGGUGUUGAAGGACCUCACCAUCAUCACCAUAUGAAUCAUAUGCCACAUCCUCCUCACGCUUUGCAUCUGGACAGUGUAAAUCAACAGUUUGAACAUGUCAUGACAAUGGACCCAAGCACUGCCAGUGCCAUGGCACCUUUUGACCAAGGUGGCUACGUACCACCACAGCAACAGCAAGCUGAUUCUCCAGGCGUGUUACCUCCAAGCUUCGAUGUCCAGCAACUGUUCCGCAGUCAGCAGCAGCAACAAGCUACGCCUCAACAGUUGCUCUUGCAGCAACAACAGUACCUAGCAACACAACAGCAGCAGCAACUUGGGCUGGCUGCCCCUGCUGCAGCAUUUACGAGUGCACCUUAUGUGAUAAAUGCACCCCAAGAGCCUUAUGUUGGAACACUUAUUGCAGGGCCAACAGUUGUGCCCCAAUAUUAUGGGGUUGCUCCUUGGGGCGUCUACCCCGCAAACUUAAUCCAGCAAGGUGCAGCAGCUGCAGCAGCUCAACAGAGGCGUCCACUCACCCCUUCAUCGGCAGGAGAGCUGCCCUCUACGACGACAAAUCUCACACAGCAGGUGCAAGGACAGUAUCAAGUAAUACCUGCCUACUACGAUCAAGGAUCUAUAGUUAUGGGCAAUGUACGAGGUAUUGGAAGUGCCACUCCAAUGCGGCUAGUCUCACCUGCACCUGUUAUAGUAAACACAGGCACCCCUGGAAGUAAUAUGAGGUUACUGGGCAGUCAACCUCAGCAGAUUGCAACACCACCCUCAGCCUCAAUCUACAACAGCAAUCAGCAGCCUUCUCUCUACAACUCAUCUGCAUCAAAUGGAACUACUAUUGGAGGGCUGCAGUCAGGGUCAGGUGUAGGUGGUGGGUUUGCAUCACUGGCCAACUCGUUGGGAUACAGCAACAGCAGCUGCAGCCUUGGGACCAUAGGCUCACCAGCUGCCUUAGGAUCAGGUCUUGGUUUGGGAACCAACAGCUCUGGACGCAGAGAUUCCUUCGACAGAAGUACCUCUGCUUUCUCCCCUUCGCUUGAUUAUGGGCGUGGGAAAUGGCCACAAAACUACGGAGCGCUAGGUACAGUGACCGCCUCUCCAAGUCCUCUUGGUCUUACAUCGGGAUCUUUGACACCCCCACCUACUCUUGGAGGAAGUUCUGGAAGCCUCCAGUUGGGAACACUAGGUGUAGGAACUGGCCGUGGUGUGUUGUCUGCAGCACCAGGAGCAGAAGCUGCCAAGUUCCGCAAUGGUGUUGGUGUUGCUGGGUUAGCUGCUAAUGGAGUAUUUGGAUCAACAAAUUCGCUCUUCACAAAAUUGGGUUCAAGUAACAGGGGAGCAGCAGGUGUCACCCCUGGUGUUGACAAACCACCUGGUCGCAGUCGUCUCCUGGAAGAUUUUAGAAAUAACCGGUUUCCAAGCCUUCAGCUGCGUGAUUUGGUGAAUCACAUUGUAGAGUUCUCUCAAGAUCAACAUGGUUCAAGAUUCAUUCAACAGAAACUUGAGAGAGCAACAGUAGCAGAAAAACAAAUGGUAUUUUCAGAAAUUCUUGCUGCUGCCUAUAAUCUCAUGACAGAUGUAUUUGGCAAUUAUGUCAUUCAAAAGUUUUUUGAGUUUGGAACACCAGAACAAAAAACCACCUUAGCACAAAAGGUACGGGGACAUGUUUUGCCCCUUGCACUGCAGAUGUACGGCUGUCGCGUAAUCCAAAAAGCUUUGGAAUCGAUUUCUUCUGAACAACAGGAAGAAAUUGUUCGUGAAUUAGAUGGACAUGUGUUGAAGUGUGUCAAAGACCAAAAUGGCAAUCAUGUUGUACAGAAAUGUAUUGAGUGUGUGGAUCCCCAUGCUCUUCAGUUCAUUAUUAAUGCAUUUUCAGGACAGGUGUUUGCGCUAUCAACACAUCCCUAUGGUUGUCGUGUCAUACAGCGCAUUCUAGAGCAUUGUACUCCAGAGCAGACAGCACCAAUUUUAGAAGAGCUUCAUCGGCACACAGAGCAGUUAAUUCAAGAUCAGUAUGGGAAUUAUGUCAUACAACAUGUUCUAGAACAUGGGAAGCCAGAAGACAAGUCUCAGAUUAUCCUAUCUGUAAGGGGAAAGGUGCUGGUGCUUUCACAACACAAGUUUGCUUCCAACGUUGUAGAAAAGUGUGUCACUCAUGCUACAAGAGCUGAGCGUGCAGUUCUGAUAGAGGAAGUCUGCAGCUUCAAUGAAAAUGCUUUGCAUGUUAUGAUGAAGGACCAAUAUGCUAACUAUGUUGUACAGAAGAUGAUUGACGUAUCGGAACCUGCACAGCGCAAGGUUCUUAUGCACAAAAUUCGACCACAUCUGAACUCGCUUCGCAAAUACACGUAUGGCAAGCAUAUAAUUGCAAAACUUGAGAAAUUUUUUAUGAAGACAGCAUCAGCAAUGGGAGUUGGCGGCCCCGUCGUUGUGAGUACUGAUCUCGGCCCCAUAGGCCCACCGAGCAAUGGUGGUCUAUAGGGAUACACAUCGGGCAGCAUACUGCCAGAGCAUCUGCCUUGUAUGUACUUUUAGUAUAAGGUUUGACCUUACACUUUUAACGCAAGUUUUGGAAGAAACUGAUCAGCACAUAUGAAUUUUCAGUGAAACGCAUUUAUUUUAAUUUUUUUUCUAAGUUGUGACAUUCUCACAAAAACUGCUCUGGAAGUAAUGCAUUUGGAUUUUGUAUGUAAUGUAUCAUCAUCUUGGUGAUGAUCUGUGUGAAGAUGUGGAUAUUUGCAAGCAUGAGAUAAGUCUCGCCGAAGAAUGUGAAUAAGAUAAGAAUCAAAGAUAGGCACAAUUUUAUUGGUGUAAAUACUGUUUUGCUGACGUUAAAAUUAACAGUCAUUCAUUUAACCUGUGAAAAUAUUACAAAAUGAAAGUUAUGCAGCUUAUAUGGCAUAUCUCAUGAGAUACAAUCUGGUUUAUAGACAACUGAUUGCUGAUAACUGAAGUAAACUAGGUGAGCAGUGUGACGGGAGUAUUCAAAUAUUUUCAUAUGCAGUGAGUAUUGUGUCAGCAAACAAUCAAUUUACAAUAAAUAAAAAUUCCUGUAUACUGUUGCUUGAAACAGCAUGCACUAGUAGGCAUGUUGCAGCCUAGGAAUACAGUUAUUUUGUUUUAGACUUUCUUUUUUUAGGAGCCAUUUAACUAUGUAAUUUCUUUCUGUUACAAUCAAAACUAAAUGACUGUAUGUAAACAUUUAGUGGAUAAACACAAUGAAAUUAGUACUGGAAGGCAUUGGAAAUAAUAACUGGAACGUGACAUGUCUUCUGCAGGAGAGAAUGGAGUUCACAUUCGCAAACACUGUUUUCACAUGGGGAAAUAAUUAUUUUAACAUAAAUAAUUUCAUUAAAUGGAACAUCAAAUUGUGAUAAACCCCUCAGGUAAUAGUUGCUAAGGGAUUUUAAAGAAAACUAAGAAAACAUUUGUAGUUAUUGAAAUUUAAGAGAAGAUGGCAACAGUAAACAUUAAAUCUUUUUUAAAGUUUUUGUCAUAUAUUUACUGAUCUUGAGGCAAAACAACACACACACACACACACACACACACACACACACACACACACACACACACUGCUAACAUGCAGAGGGAAUGAAAGUGGUUAUGACAUCAGUCUUAAAAAUUGAUGUAUUUAACACAAGACAUGAGGUUGUAGUAUUGAAAACAGUAAACUCCAUGCUACCUUGCUGGUUAUUUCUCUGUCUGUCUUAUAUAUUUGCUGUGGAUGCUUAAUAUCAUUGUUAAAUUAAUGAUUUUGAAUUUUACUGUAGUAUUAGAGCCAAGGUAAAAGGGCUACAUGCCUUUACUGAACUGGUGUAACUUUCAAAGCUCACAGUUCUGAAAUUAAUUCCUUUUUGGGUAUUAUUCUUAUUUUGAUGUACAUACAGAUAUGCUACCGCUGUGGAUGUUUGAAAUUGGUGUUUUUAAUGCAUUUGUUUUUAUGAAAUGAAGUAAAUGCAUAGAAUAUAUAUAAAGAGCCAUUAUAUUGAUAUAUUUUGGAUGAGUGUUUACAGUGGCUCAGCUUCCAUUGCAGGAAGUUCUUCAGUCUGUGUCACUCGAUACUUUCCCAGAGUGAUUGUAUGUAGAAACCAAAUCCCAGUUUUUUAACAGUGAAUUGUAAUAAUAUGAUAUGUACAGUUGAUAAAAUAUUUGUACCAAGAUUAUACAUACAUAUAUAUAUAAAUAACUUGUUAUUAAUUUCUUUGUAAGUAAUAUCUGUUUAACAAAAAUCAUGUCAAAUAAUGAACAUAUGCCAUAUUCAGAAUGUAAAGUGUACAGGCAAAAGACAAAAGUACCUAUUUUUCAUAAUCAGAUUAACAAUAAAAAAUAAAAGAGAACAAAAAAUUCUUAUUCAAAGAAAAAAUAUGAAAUGGAAAUGUAGAACUGAACAUGUAGCAUAACAGGAGCUGCGUUCAUACCUAUAUAAAGCUACAUGGUUGAGCACUUGUGACUGCAGACAGUUUUUAUUCGUGACACAAGUCCCUCUGAGGACUUGCUAUCCAUUUCAUAUAUUUGAGUUUUUAAAAAGAUACACGUUAAUAAAAACAACUUCUUCGUGUAAAGGAUUCUUCCUGGAUACUUUCAACUAUUCUGCUGAGCACAACCUGGAUUAACUGUCAGAUAUAUUUAUUUCUACUGUUCCUUAAAUGUGCAACUAAAGAUAAUUAACUCUUUUGUCUACAGGUCCCUCUCUAAGAACAUUUUUACUGUAUGUUUCACAGUGGAGUUAUAAACCCUUAGAAGUUAUUUUGUAAUUUGCACAUUAUUAUUUGUAUGUAAUGUAUCCAUUUACAGUGUUCGAUAAUUUACCUCGUUAACAUUUGGUCAUCCAAAUUACACAAAUGAAAAUAAAAUUUAGUUACUUAUGUAGUUUCAUUUUGUGUAGUUGCUCUUAAUUUCUGUUUAUAUAUUCUUGGAAUUAUCUUUCUUGGGCUUCUUUGGAGAUGGUAAACUGUCUUGACAUCCAGCUUACUUUUUGUUGUAGUGUAUUUAUGUAAUUAUUAAUGUCAUAAAAUUACCGUUAUUGAUACAUCUCAUAAGAGUAAUGGGUGCAGUACCUAAUUUACUCUUCGUGAUAGCUUCAGGACAAGAGUUCUAUCAGCUCUUUGUUACAUUCACUUGUUGUAAUUUUCUGUUUUUAAACUGAAGUUGAUUAGUCAUUAUUUGAAAGAGGGAUCUUGCUUGGUUUGGUACAAGAGAGGUUUUUUCAAAAAAAUAUUUUGAUAACCAGACAACAAUGCUUGAAGGGUCUUGCUGGAUGGUUUCGGAUUUACCUAAGUGUUGAAUAAUACAGUGAUAGAUAAUUCAUUUACCUCAUGGAAUUUCUUUGAUUGGGAAAUCUGAUAAGUUCUGGAACUAAAUAUAAACAUUUUCUGAAAUGAAAGAAUCCCUGCACGUACUUGAAUGUUAUUUUUUUCUUUGCAUAAGGAAUGUUAUUUCAAUGUCGGGAAAUUGCAAGACAGUGUCUUUAUUUUCUAAAUGACUAAAUGUUCUGCAGUCAUGACCUUGCUGAUAAAGGAGCACACAAAUGGAAAGUAAGAUCUUUUGCGAAACGUUUGUGUGCUCUCUGUGACAAGUUGGAGCUCGGAUGGAAAAUUUGAAGUAGUAAUCAUAGGUAGUUCCCAGUUUUUAUAAAAGGGAUUUGUUUACAGAAGGAAUAAAAUCUCUCCAUAUGCUAAAUUGAGCCCUCUUUUCAAAAGAUAAUAUAUUUCAAAAAAUCCUGUGUAUCACUGUGGAACUGAUAGAGGUAUUACUGAUCAAUUCAUAAAGUAGUGUCUGGAAGCAAUCAUUAUUGACAAAAUUAUAGCUAUUUUGUGUGUUCACAUUCCAUAAAUUUUGUCACAGUUGUUGAAGAGUGGUUCCCUUUCAAUUAAGGUUUGUCAGAUGAUAUGUGAACUGUAGUUCACAAGUACUCCUGUUCUCUGUAUGCCCGUACUCCAUGGCAUCAUGUCACACCUUAUUUGUUUUUUAACUGUGCUUGUACCCAAGGUACAUUACUCAACAUCUUUAUUCAUAAAUCCAGUAGGUGAGGAGACAGUGCACAUAAAAGUAUUACUACAUAUUUAGGUUUUUCUGUGGUUUUCUUUUUUUUUCUUCUUUUUAAAAUGCUCUUGCUGCUCCUCUUUCAAAUCACCAGAUGGAGCCUGUGUUCUGCAGCUCAUAAGAGCAAUUUUCAUAUUCAUUUCAGCCGUUGUGCAGCAGAAAAAAUUCCUUUAAUCUAUCUGAUGUUUUAAAACAUAUUAUCUGUUUGUAUUACGGCUUGAAUUUUGUAGAUUUGCGGCAUGCUGGUUGCUAAAUUUUUUCCUGUCUGUCAUUAUUACUGUAUAUUUUUAAGGAAAAAUGCAUGUCAGUCUGAAUUUUAAAUGUUUGUGUAAGUAGUCACAUAAUCCCAGUCAGUCACUUUCAUGUAAAUAAUUCAUUAUUUCAUCCAUUUUGCCUCAGUCUGUGAAUGUUUUCAUGAAUGUAAGCAUGAUGUCUAUGUAAUUGAUAGUUAAUCAUUAUAAAUAAAUAUAUAUUUAAAGUUUCAUCAAGACUGAUGUAAAGGAUUAAAAAGUAUAAAAAUAAUGUGAAAUGAAAUCUAUUGAUCAAAUAUUCGCAUUUGUAUAAUGUAUGUAAUGAAUGGUUUGCACAGUUUUGGUGUUUAUAUAUUGUAAAAAAAAAUAUAAAUCAGCUAAUGCAAAUGCUUGUAUGAAAACAAUUUAGGCUGUUUUGUACGUAAAUAUAAAUAAAUAUAUACAUAUAUUCUGUCAUCCAUUCCUAUGGAAACUUUUCCAUGUGUUUUAAAUGUAGAAAAGAAAUGUUUAGUUUUUAUAUCAUUUGUGAAGCACAUCCAUUACUUAGUGCACAUAACAUAUAUAUAAACUGAAUGUAAAUUGUGUGUAAAUCUAUACAUAAGAGUUUUAAGUGCAUCUUUUUCUAUUGUUAACAUGGAAGCAGGGUUUGACAAAGAUAUUGCUUUUUGUUCAAAACAUGAUGGAUCCAGUCAGUUGUUUCCUUCACUUGACGUUGAAUUCAGUAGCCAGUGUCCUAAUAUUAUUUAUUUAUUUUUUUGCAUUCACUGGUUCCAUUUAAAAUAAAAUGACAACUAUUUCAUGGUUUGUCCCCAAACACAUAAAUCACACACAAUUCCAGUAUGUACACUGUUGGGUUUACACCUGUGUCCAGUAGCUGUUUUCUUUUAUACACAUUUUACAUAAUUUCCAAAUUGCUAUAAAUGUGCUGACACUUUCGGCCUUGAAACUGCUGCCAAAAACCGUUUUUACUGCUUAGUUAGUGCUGUAAUCACAAAAGUGGAGAAGAUCAAUUAUUUUCCAGAAAUAAGAUAAAUUACAUAAUGUUUUUAUCAGUAUUCAUCUGUAUUUUUUAAGAAAUUGUCCCCACAGGUGUUACUUUACAGGUGUUUCAUUAUCUUCAAACAAAAGUGGUCAUUCAUUGUCAUUUGCAACACAUAUUAGCACUCUUGAUACAGAUUGGGAAAAGUGAGUAAUGCAGUAGUUUUUCUAUUAGCAUUCAACACUGCUAUCAGCAUUCUUACCAUUUUUUUAAGACAGUGAAGGCAAUUCAUUAUCUUCAUGUGGUUAAAAAUAGUGUUUGUUUACAUUAUUUAUGGAUACUCUCUGUAUCCCUUUUUUUAAAUAUGAAAUAGUUUUAGUUGUAUGUAGAUUUUUGUCAAGUCCCUAUUGGGUGUAUCAUUAUAUAUAAAAGCUUUUUUUAUAAUUUUGUUAUAUUGUAUAAAUGUCAUGGAACCCACUACAUGACCAGCAAACUCUUAGUUGUAAUCCACUGGAUCCUACAUGGAGAAGGUGUAAAUAGAUCUGUAUGGUAAGCAGGAUUGAUUUUUUUCUGUAUCUAAAUUCCUAAGUUUUUCAAAUGUGUUUGUGGAUUAAUCUCUGUAGAAAACUUAUUCAAGUGACAUGUAUAUUGUUGUACAAAUGUAACAAUUUACUUGUGAGUAAAAUAAACUUUCUGUAAUGAUCAUUUAA